GGAAAUUAUCAUUAGUUGUUCACUGUCAAUUGAAAAGAGAACAUGCAAAGAGAUUUUAUGGCCUUUUACGCAAGAGAAAAUAGAGAAAACACAUAGAGAAAAUGGACCGAGGGCAUGAACGGCUUCAAAACCAGAAUCAUCUGCGAGAUUGUGUGGGUUUUAUCCAUUGGCUGCAGAAUCCCCGCUGGCAUCCGUCACUCAACAGCAGAGUCUGAAGGAAUCUGUAACUAUCCAACUUCUAUACAAUCCUACAAGUCCUUGGUCACAUAUGGGUUCAUAAUGGGCUUCAUCAUCCGCUUCUUGUUCAUUGCAUCUUCAUAUAUAGCUAUCGUAGUGCGAGUCAAAAGCCUCAAAAAGGUGGUGCAGCUCAGGUCAUUCCGGGAUAUUAUAGCUGUGGUCCUGGCCUUUUUCAUAUGCUGGCUUCCUUAUCAUAUCCACAAGUUUUAUCACAUACGUGCACAGGAGAAUCAAUGGAGUUAGUCGGCUAAAGAGGUUUUAUUAACAACUGAAGCUGUAGUAAACUGCCUGGAAUUUUUUAAACUGCUGUCGGAACCCCAUUGUGUUCAUGUGUGAUGAGUAUAAGAAGAAGCUUAAACAGUCUCUGCUGCUGGUGCUGGAGACGGCUUUCGCCGAGGAUCAUCUGGACUCAAAGCAAGCAAAAGACGUUACUAUCUCUACACCUGCCAGCUGCCAGGAUAAAAAAACCAAGCCAUUAAAAUUAUCUACCUUGAUGGCCGCACUGUUAUGACAUAUACCAGUGGUUCCCAAUCCUGGUCCUGGAGAACCCCCAAAACUGGAAGACUUUCUCCUUUGAAAGCUGAUAUUCAAAAUAGUUUUCUACAGAAGCAUAGUUCCCUUGUUGCAUCAUCACUCCACCCCACUCUCUCUUUCAAUAAGUAAAAGGGAAAUAACCACCAAUUGUUCAUGCAAAGACGUUGUUAGAAGCUUUGAUAACACACUUGAAGGAAGGACAGACAGGAAGGACUAAAAAUGGCCAACAACAGUUCGGGAUGUCAAAAUAUCACAGGUCAACAGUUGAACAGCUCAGAGUUUUCAAGCAUGGAAAUUUUCAAAAUAUUCAUAUAUUUUGUUGUCUUUGCUCUGGGUUUUGUUGGAAAUGGGCUCGUCAUAUAUGUGACUGGCUACAAAAUGAAGACGACCGUCAACUCCAUUUGGUUUCUCAGCUUGGCGAUUGCAGACUUCAUCUUCAUCUUAGUCCUCAUCCUCUACAUUGUUCAUGCCUUUAACAAGGCGGUUUGGCCCUUUGGUGACUUCAUGUGCAAGUUUGUAUCCUUCGUGACAGUGCUAAACAUGUUUGCCAGCAUUUUUUUGCUCACUGCUAUCAGUCUGGACCGAUGCCUGUCCACCUGGGUGAUUGUUUGGGCUCAAAACAAACGAACUCUGGUCAAAGCCAGGAUCAUCUGUACACUCAUGUGGGUUUUAUCCAUUGGCUGCAGCAUCCCAUUUGUCAUGUGCCGUUCAGGAGAGAAUAAAAAAUGUGCCUAUGUUUGCCCUAUAAACAUCACAAAGUCUCUGUUCAUAUACAGGUUUAUAGUGGGCUUUCUCAUCCCCUUCCUGAUCAUUGCAUCUUCAUACAUUGCUAUCGGAGUGCGGGCCAAACGUCUCAAAAGAGGAAAGAAGCUUAAGCCUUUCCGGGUCAUUAUAUCUGUGAUCCUGGCCUUUUUCAUAUGCUGGUUUCCUUUUCAUGUUCAACAACUGUCUCUCGUAAUUGCAAAGGAAAAUGAGUGGAGCAACGCUGUAAAAGUAUUCAUUCAAAUAGGUCCAUUCGUUAACUGCCUGGUUCAUCUCAACAGCUGUCUGAACCCCAUUCUCUAUGUGUUCAUGUGCGAGGAGUUUAAAAAGAAGCUUAAACAGUCUCUGCUGCUGGUGCUGGAGACGGCUUUUGCUGAAGAUCAUCUGCCUUUCCGAACAUCUCGCGCUUCCACAUGUUCACGCCUCUCAGAAACACAAGGUUUCAAGCAGACAAACGAAACAACCAUCUCGUCAUGUGGCAGCGGCCAGGAAAGCAAUACAUGCUGUUAGAAUAUCAGUCUCAGAGAUAUUCAUUCCCUAUGUAAGACUAAAGUGAUCUGAGAAAGUGUAUUAGCAAACUCUCCACAUCGCUGCCUUGAUGCCUGCCAUCUCAUUCCAGAGGUUCAAAACCAUAUUGUUUUAAAGACAAACUUAAGGUUUAAACGUUGCAAUUAAUGUGCCAUCAUUGUCAUCAAACUAAAAACAAUGAUUUUCAUUGUUGACUUUGACAUGCCCCCAUUUUCCAUUGGCUGGAAAAACUGAUAGCCACGCCCCAAACUCACGGCAUUGGUCAGGACAGUGUUGCUGCUUCUAGUUGGGUUGAAUAUUGUUUGUGUUGUUUAUGCUUUUAAUAGAAAACCUACAAAUGAUUUAAUUUACACUUAGCUUUCAGUUUGACAUAAUCUUUUCACUGACUUGUUUUACACAACCUUUUAGCCACAUUGUAAUACUGUUAAUAAAGAGCUAUUAUCUA